CUUUGCUAUGGGGUAAGUUGAGAGUGAAACAUUGAAUAAUAAUCGAUUUGUCUCAGGAGAUGUGAUCAAAGGUUGAUGUUUGAGAUUAGAAUUAGACGGUCAAUGCUGUGGAUGGAGCCGUCUUGACAUGCGAACUCUAGUAGGUUUUGAGGGGGUCAUAUUUAAACAUGCUGUCAGAACUGUUUACCUUCACCAAACACCCUUUACGGUGGACUUUUCUUCACUGGAAAGCAAGUUACUCCAAAAAGAUUCACACUUUAGAUCCAAGAUGGUGGUCACUGGGAUUUCCAGUUCACAAAAGCACUUACAGACGGACUACUGCACCAUCCUCAAGGACAAAUCUGAAACCUGUCUUCACUAGAGCUCCUGGGUUUGGGGAGACACUUGCAAUCGUAGACAGCAGUGGGAGCCACAGCUACAAGCAGCUUUACUGCAGCAGCUUAGGUCUUGCCAGUAGAAUCAGCACAGCAUUAAAUUCUGGCUUUGGGUGUCUUGACGGAAGACGAAUAUCCUUCCUGUGUCCAAAUGAUGCUUCCUACGUGGUGGCACAGUGGGCGGCCUGGAUGAGUGGCGGCACGGCGGUACCGCUUUACCGAAAGCACCCUGUUUCAGAACUGGAGUACAUCAUCACUGAUUCCCAGAGUUCACUGCUGGUGGCAGCACAUCCUUAUGCAGAGACCCUUGAACCGCUGGCACAGAAGCUGGGGCUUCCAUGUCUAACCCUCCCUCCUACAUCGGACCUGGACACCUUGGAUGACAUUGGUACACCUUCAAGAGAAGAGGAGAACGCCAACACGGACUGGGCAGAUCGACCGGCUAUGAUCGUCUACACCAGUGGCACCACGGGCCGUCCCAAAGGGGUUCUGCACACACACAGCAGCAUCCAAGCAAUGGUCCAGUGUUUGGUUUCUGAGUGGGCGUGGUCUAAAGACGACGUCAUCCUCCACACCUUGCCACUCCACCACGUUCACGGGAUCGUUAACAAGCUGCUCUGCCCCCUGUGGGUGGGAGCCACCUGCGUCAUGCUUCCUGAAUUCCAGCCUCAGAAGGUGUGGGAGAUGCUCCUGAGCUUCAAGGCUCCAGUGGUUAAUGUGUUCAUGGCCGUGCCAACUAUUUACUCAAAGCUCAUCCAGUACUAUGAUCAGCACUUCACACAGCCUCAUGUCAAGGAUUUUGUCAAAGCGGUUUGCAAGGAGAGAAUCAGAUUGAUGGUUUCAGGCUCAGCUGCUCUGCCUCUGCCCACCCUGCAGCGCUGGGAGGAGAUCACAGGACACAUGCUGCUGGAACGCUACGGCAUGACCGAGAUCGGCAUGGCACUGUCCAACCCUCUGAAGGGCCCGCGGAUCGCAGUCAACAACUAUUGUACAGGAGCUGUUGGGCUGCCUCUUCCAAAUGUAGAGGUUCGACUUGUCAUGAAUGACACAACCAACACCAUGAUUGCUGUAGGGAAUCACAAAGAGACUCAGGUACGUCCGGGCCUUGAGGGGAAAGAGGGCGAGUUGCUGGUGCGAGGUCCGUCUGUUUUUAAGGAAUACUGGAACCGACCUCAGGAGACCAGAGAGGCUUUUACUGAUGACGGCUGGUUCAAAACGGGAGACACGACAGUCUACAAAGAUGGCGUCUACUGGAUCUUGGGUCGCAGCAGCGUCGACAUCAUCAAGAGCGGUGGCUAUAAGAUCAGCGCCCUCGAAGUGGAGCGACACCUACUGGCUCAUCCAGACAUCGUUGAUGUGGCUGUGAUUGGCGCUAAAGAUGCUACGUGGGGUCAAAAGGUCACGGCCGUGGUGCAGCUGCAGAAAGGCCGGAGUUUAACUCUACCAGAAUUAAAGACGUGGGCAAGGGAGCACAUGGCGCCCUACAUCAUCCCGACAGGCCUGGUGUUGGUGGAGGAAAUGCCGAGGAAUCAGAUGGGGAAAGUCAACAAGAAGGACCUCCUGCGACACUUCUUCCCGUGACUGGACAGCUUUGACGUCUGUGAAAGCGUGUGUGUUUCUUCAAGUGCGCAUCUCUUCCAGGGUAUUCCUUCCAGAUCAGACAGACGUUUCACACUAAUGUAGUGAGAGGAAACGGAACAAUGGUUGAUAUUCGUUGGAAACCAAUCACAGCUCCCAGAACUUGCCAUGGAGAUAAAUCUGGUCUUGUUUCUCACAACUAGUACAGUUGCUUUGAUGAAGCAGAAUAAAGUCGUUCCAUGAUGA